UUUGCCAUUCAAUUCAUUUCAAACAAGUUCACAACUGAUAUAUAAAUUAGGUUAAACAGAGAUUAAAAAGAACACAAUACGAAAUGGCAACGAAAGGUACGAAAAGGGUUGAUGCCGUCGAUUCUCGUGCUGCUUCCGUUCUUGUUCGUGCCAAAGAUGGCAGCGCCUUCGCUCGAUGUGCUGAGUGCAAAAAGGAUGUGCCGGUUGCACUCAUUGACAUGCAUAGUUGUAGCCUAGAAGCCAAAAUCAAAAUGAACCUUGAUGCUCAGGUUGUUGAGCAAGCUGCUGAAGUGAAGAAACCUGAGAGGAAGAAGCCGAAAUCGAAAGAACCAAGUGCAAAAAGGGCUAAAGUUGGGAAAGAGAAGAAGAUUAAAGAUCCUAACAUGCCCAAGCGUCCUCCCACUGCUUUCUUUGUCUUCAUGGAUGAUUUUAGAAAAACGUUUAAGGAAGCUAACCCUGAUUCAAAGGAUGUUAAGAGGGUUGGUAAAGAGGCUGGUGAGAAAUGGAGGGCUAUGACUGAUGAAGAGAAGAAACCUUAUUUGGAUAGGGUUGUUGAACUCAAGGCAGAGUAUGAGAAGGCUAUGGAAACCUAUAAUGCUGCUGAAAAUGUAGACCAAGAAGCAUCUGAUGAAAAGUCUGAUAAGGAAGCCCCUGCAACAGGAGAGAUGGAAGAGUUGACUGAUGAGGAGUAGUAGUGGCAAUUUGGUGCUCUUCAAACCUGAUUACUAUGUUGAAAUGAUUUGGCCAUUUGACUUAGUCUAGUACUGUAUAUUUUGGAACAUGUCUUAGUAUUAGUGUUUUAUAUAUAGGUGUCAAUGUUUAGUUGGCCUUGAAAUUUCCGUGCAACAUAUUUUUGUACUUUCCUAUUGGAAUAUUCUUAAUGCUAGUUACAUGAUUUGCUACAA